UUAGUACGGAAAUAAGCCUCUCUCAACAUGUCUGGCGAGAAGGAAAGCCUCGAUAAAACUCGAAAAUAUGAUCGACAGUUAAGGUUAUGGGGUGAUCAUGGCCAGUGUGCAUUAGAGUCUGCCAAAGUUUGCCUUAUUAAUGCCACGGCAACAGGGACAGAAAUUUUGAAAAACCUGAUAUUACCAGGUGUUGGCUCCUUCACCAUAGUGGAUGGUAAGAAGGUGACAGGAGAGGAUGUAGGCAACAAUUUUUUUCUUGACAAAGACAAGAUUGGAGAGUCACGUGCUCAGGUGGCUACAGAUCUCCUGCUGGAACUAAAUGAAGAUGUGACAGGAAACUUCAUGGAAGAGAGCCCUGAACUGCUGCUUGAAAGGAACCCAGAAUUCUUUGACACAUUUACAAUUGUAGUAGCUGUAGACUUGCCUGAGAGGGUAUUACACAAAUUAUCUGGUCAUCUGUGGGAAAAGGAUAUUCCUCUUAUGGUGGUACGUGCAUAUGGUCUCAUUGGCUCCAUAAGACUGGUGGCAAGAGAACACACUGUGAUAGAAUCUCACCCAGACAAUGCACACGAAGACUUGAGACUAGAUCGGCCUUUCCCAGGGUUGACUCAGUACUGUGACUCACUGGAUCUCAGCACUAUGAAAAAGAAGGAUCACAGCCACACUCCCUGGUUGGUCAUAAUUUUCAAGUAUUUACAAAUCUGGAAAGAACAGCAUGGUGGAGCUGCCCCCAAAAACUACAAGGAGAAAAAUGAAUUCAAGAAACUAAUUCAGCAAGGAGUUUUAAGGAAUGAGGAAGGUGUUCCCGAAGUGGAAGAGAAUUUUGAUGAGGCUAUAAAUAAUGUUAAUGUGUCUCUUGUUCCCACCUCGAUCCCAUCUGCAGUACAGAAUAUAUUCAAUGACAGUGAGUGUGUAAAUUUACAACCAGAGAGCAAGCCUUUCUGGAUACUAGCAAGAGCUGUGAAAGACUUUGUGGAGAGUGUGGGAGAGGGUGCCCUCCCACUGAGAGGAACCAUCCCAGACAUGACCGCGGACUCAGAGAGGUACAUUCAGCUACAGCAGGUGUACCGCCAGCAGGCUGCUGUAGAGGCAGAGUGGGUGGCCAACAGAGUCCAGCAGCUACUGCAGUCAUUGGGGAAGGGGGAGCCUGUUCCCACAGACAUGAAAAGCCGGUGCCAAAGCCAAAACAACAACAACAUAGCUAGUUCCAAAGACACCAUCACUGAAGCAGAUGUGAAACUUUUCUGUCGCAAUGCCUCCUUUCUCCGCGUGCUUCAGUACCGCUCUAUAGCUCAGGAGUACGACCCGGCCACAGCCAAGAUUGGAGAACUAGUGGGGAACAUCGAGGAGUCAGACGAAGAUGAUGCAAUAUGGUACAUCCUUCUGCGAGCAGUGGAUAAAUUUUAUGCAGACUUUAACCGUUACCCUGGAGUGUAUGAUGACCAGGUGGAGGCAGACAUUCCAAAGCUUAAGACCUGCCUUGCCAAGUUGUUACAUGAGUACGGGAAUGUAUAUAACAUCAAAGAUGACUUUGUUCAUGAAAUGUGUCGUUAUGGUGCUGCGGAGAUCCACUCUGUUGCCUCAUUCCUAGGUGGCGUUGCAGCCCAAGAGGCGAUCAAAAUCAUUACAGGACAGUUUGUACCAAUGAACAACACUUACAUUUACAAUGCCAUGAAACAGACAUCUGUGACAGUUGAAUUAUAAAGGGAACAUAGGAUGUAAAAAAAAAAA